AUGAAUACCGUCGUCGCGAACAAGGCACAGGAAUACCUGGGUGACCGCAAGGUUCUCGUGCACAAUGUCGACACCGAGAAGAAGCGUCCCGGCCAGACCAUGAAGGCAUUGGUCUGGCACGGCAAGAAAGACGUCCGGGUCGACGAGGUACCGGUUCCGGCCAUCACGGAUCCCGGCGAUGUCAUUUGCCGGGUGACAGGAACCACGGUCUGUGGCUCCGACCUCCAUCUCUACCACAAAGAGAUCAUGCAGUUGCAAAAAGGCGACAUACUGGGACACGAGUGGAUGGGCUUGGUUGAUGAAGUUGGGCCCGAGGUCAAGAAUUUGAAGAAAGGCGACCGCGUCGUUGCCAGCUUCCAGAUUGCGUGUGGACAGUGCUCUUUCUGCAAAGAGGGUCUGUCCUCCAUGUGCGAUAACACCAACAUCUCCUCCGUCCAGGACAAACUGUACGGCAAGGGCUUCGGGGGUCUGUUCGGCUACACGCGCUUCGCGGGUGGCUUUGCCGGCGGCCAGGCGGAAUACGUGCGGGCUCCCUUUGGCGAUGUCAAUCUGUUGAAGCUCCCAGACUCGGUUCCGGAUGAAAAGGUCCUGUACCUGUCCGACAUCGUCCCCACAUCAUAUCACAGCACCGUCUGUGCAGAGGUUAAAGAAGGCAAAAGUGUUGCGAUAUGGGGCAUGGGUCCGGUCGGGCUGUUCGCCGCUAAAUGGUCUAAGCUCGCGGGAGCGAAACGUGUCAUCGCCAUCGACAAUGUUCCAGAAAGACUCGCAAUGGCCAGGGACAACAUCGGCUGCGAGGUGAUCGACUUCAGUCAAACCAAAGACGUUGUAAAGGUCUUGUACGAGAAGGAACCCGAGGGAAUCAAUUGCUGCAUUGACGCUGCCGCUUUCCGAUACACAAAGGGAGUCUUGAACACUUUCGAGCGAGCCGUCGGUCUGGAGACGGAUUCCUCUGAGAUUGUGAACGAGAUGUUGCAGGCUGUCCGCAAGUUUGGCCACAUUGCGCUCGUCGCAGAUUACGCAGGACCUACCAACGGAUUCCUCAUCGGCGCGUUGAUGGAGAAGGGCAUCACCUUGCGAGGCACGGGCCAGGCGCCGGUGCAAAUGUACUGGCAUGAACUUUUGAAAAAGAUCGAGGACGGCUCCUUCGAUCCUACCAUCAUCUUGAGUCAUCGAUUUGCGCUGGAGGAGUUCGCGGAGCUGUAUGGGGCAUUCGAUCGGAAGGAGAUGGGUAUCAUGAAGACGUUCGUGCAGACGAAGUUCUCCGGCAAACCGACUCCUGGGACCCCUCCGCUGUCGAGUUUCAAGAGGAACGAUAUCAAGCCAAGUAUGGUACAUGCUUGA